GAUGAGGUUGGGCAAAGCCAGCACGACAGAUUUGCUCGCAGAGGGAGAUCGACUUCUAUUGCUUCCGAGCUGAACUUCGUGGUAUUCUAUUCUCUCACUAACUAGUACAUCAUCUACAUUGCCAUGUGAACGCUUCAAUUGUGUAUGCUAUAUUUGUCACAGCGGAAGGAGAUCAAAAAAACAGCUGAGGAGUGCGAGGUUAUGUGGGAGCAGAGCGGGAGAGAUGACAAGCCUGUCCGACCGUUGCGGUAUUUCAUUAAGAACACUGCACGAAAGAUGCGGCGGUUAGCCAGCUUGCUAGGUUGCCGGGAAGCCGAAAUCGCUACAUCUUCCUCUUCAGAAGAGCGGGAGAUUCCUGAGGACGAGCUAAUUCUGAGUCAAGCCAUACUUCCAAAGCGUACCUCCAAGCAAGCCGCACGGUCAGCUUACCAGUUGAAGCCAAGGGGCAAGGGUCCAAACCGGUACACUCCGGAAGAUUAUGUCAGCCGAGGAAAGAAGGUUGUCACUGAGGAGGAUGAGGGGCCGCGGCGGAGAUCAGAUAUGUCGAGGAUGAGGAACGACGAGCCGUUCUCUUCAGAGGAGGAGGAGGAGGAUGAGGAGGAGGAGGAGGAGGAGGAGCAGGAGCAGGAGCAGCAGCAGGAGCAGCCACGGCAGCGGACGAAGAGGAUGGCCGUCCGGAAGCAGCCCGCGAGGACGGCACGUCGAGGACGCUACUAGGAUGUGCCCACGUGUUGUUGUGAACUCUAUAUUCAUAAGUAUCGAUUUGUGAACCCUAUGUCAUGUCGAACCAUGGUCUGUAAUGC